AUGCCUGUCAUUUAUGGUGAGGUAGGUUGGCCCACCGACGGUGACUUGAAUGCCAACGUGGACAACGCCAAGAGAUUCAAUCAAGGGCUUGUCGAUAGGAUACUCCAAGGUCGUGGCACCCCAAGGCGCUCCACCACCCCUCCAGAUGUCUACAUAUUCUCCUUGAUUGACGAAGAUGCUAAGAGCAUCGAUCCAGGAAACUUUGAGAGGCAUUGGGGGGUCUUCAACUUCGAUGGUGCCCUCAAGUACCAACUCAAUUUGGGGAGUGGUGGUAGACGUCUGGUCGUCCCUGCCAAAGGUGUGAGGUACUUGACGCGACAAUGGUGUGUCUUGUCCCCUCAAGCAAGCUUGGACGACCCUGCUUUGGCUAGCAGCGUGAGCUACUCUUGUAGUUACUCUGAUUGCACUAGCUUGGGAUCUGGAUCUUCUUGUAGUGUAUUGGAUGCUAGGGGCAAUGCAUCUUAUGCUUUCAACAUGUACUUUCAAACAAUGAACCAGAGGAAAGGUACAUGUUCGUUUAGCAACAACCUCUCUAUGAUUACCACUCUUGAUCCAUCUGCUGGCGCUUGUCGGUUCAAGGUCAUGAUUGAUAUUGGGAAGCAUCAACUGCCUCCUGCACGUUCUUCAUCGACGGGAAGAAAACUCAAGUUUGUACUCAGUGUCGCUACGAUCGUCAUGCUCCUAGUUUCUGGAGCCUAG